AUGGGUCGCUUGUAUUUCAUACUCAGAUUGUGCUUUGCUGCCUUGGUGUCAUCUCUGAGCGAGAUCUUGGUGGUGACGUCCCCGCUUGGGACAGACGCCUCCAGCUGUGCAAAGGUCAUCCAGCCUCUUCCUCCUUCCUUCCAGGAAUUGCACCUCUGUGUUUCCCGCAAGCACUAUGCUCUGGAGCAUGGAUGCAGGCUACGAGGGCUGCCACCUGGGAACUACAGUGUGCGAAUCCGGGCCACCUCCUUGGCAGGCAAUGGCUCCUGGACAGAAGCCACCUAUUUCUACGUGACAGACUACCUAGAUGUCCCAUCAAAUAUUGCAAAAAUUAUCAUCGGCCCCCUCAUCUUUGCCUUUCUCUUCAGUGUUGUGAUUGGAAGCAUUUAUAUAUUCCUGAGAAAGAGGCAGCCGGAUGGGCCGCUGGGGCCGCUGUAUGCAUCUUCAAACCCCGAGUACCUCAGUGCCAGCGAUGUCUUUCCAUCCUCUGUGUACGUUCCGGACGAGUGGGAGGUGCCUCGAGAGAAGAUCACCCUCCUUCGAGAGCUGGGGCAGGGCUCCUUCGGCAUGGUGUACGAGGGCAAUGCCAAGGACAUCGUCAAGGGCGAGGCAGAGACCCGUGUGGCAGUGAAGACGGUCAACGAGUCGUCCAGUCUCCGAGAACGGAUCGAAUUCCUCAAUGAGGCCUCAGUCAUGAAGGGCUUCACCUGUCAUCACGUGGUCCGCCUCCUGGGGGUGGUAUCCAAGGGCCAGCCAACGCUGGUGGUGAUGGAGUUGAUGGCUCAUGGAGACCUGAAGAGCUUCCUCCGUUCUCUGCGGCCAGAGGCUGAGAAUAACCCCGGUCGCCCUCCCCCGACGCUGCAAGAGAUGAUUCAGAUGGCAGCAGAGAUUGCCGAUGGCAUGGCAUACCUUAAUGCCAAGAAGUUCGUGCACCGGGACCUCGCAGCUCGAAACUGCAUGGUUGCCCAUGAUUUUACCGUCAAAAUUGGAGCCAGGUUCUACCAAACCAAGAAAGUGUGCAUGUGUGUGCAUGACACUGUGUGUGUAAGGGUGUGUGUUUUAAUGGCUUCUUUCUUAGUACUCUCCAAUGUCAUUGGCAGGUCCUUCGGCGUGGUCCUUUGGGAAAUCACCAGCCUAGCGGAGCAGCCUUACCAAGGCCUGUCUAAUGAACAGGUGUUGAAAUUUGUCAUGGAUGGAGGGUAUCUGGAUCAACCCGACAAUUGUCCAGAGAGAGUCACCGACCUGAUGCGCAUGUGCUGGCAGUUCAACCCUAAGAUGCGGCCGACCUUUCUGGAGGUUGUCAACCUGCUCAAGGAUGACCUGCAUCCCAGCUUUCCAGAAGUUUCCUUCUUCCAUAGCGAGGAGAACAAGGCACCCGAGAACGAGGAGCUGGAGAUGGAGUUUGAGGACAUGGAAAGUGUCCCCCUGGACCAGUCCUCACACUGUCAGAGAGAGGAGGUUGGGGGCCGGGAGGGCGGGUCGUCACUGGGCCUCAAACGGAACUAUGAGGAUCAGGCCCCCUACACCCACAUGAACGGAGGCAAGAGAAACGGGCGGGCCCUGGCCCUGCCUCGCUCCAGUCCCUCCUAACAGAGCCCGUUUGGGGAAGGGGUUCCUGUCUUCACUUGCCUCUGGUUUGGAAGCCUCCAGAAAACUCAGGAUUCUCACAAUGCUACCCCAAGGUCAGACGGAGCUCAGAGAUCGUUCCUAUACAUUUCUGUUCCCCUUAGGACUUAAAUCACACUUGUUUGCCAAGUUACCUAGUUGUCAGAGGAUUUAACUGUGAACCUAGAGGGGAAGGGGUUUCUACAGCCGCUGCCCUUUUGGCAACCACACUUUCCGACGGGGAUAUUCUUUGUUUUUCUUUCUUUCUAGUAGAUUGAAAGAAAGCACCUGUUUUUACAAAAAUCUUUUCUUGCCUCCCCCCCCGCCCCCCGCUGGUGACUGAGCUACAGUAUAAAACAUAAAACUUGUGUGUGGAACAAAAGUUUGAAAGAAAAGAAAACAACCCUGUUCCAGCAGAAUUCCAAGCUUUACAGGGUGGGCUUCAGGAAGGUUUUUCUUAUCCAGGCUGAAGGAUUUUUUUCCUCUUCACAAAAUCAGUUCCUCAAAUUGACCAAUAGCUGCUGCUUUGAUGCUUUUGAUAAGGGUCUGCAGCCCCGCGCGUCUCUCGGGUGUCCACGCGCGUGUGUGUGCCCGUGUGCAAAGGGUUCGUGCUGGUGGAUGCUCUGGGAAUUUGCUUGUGAAGGUUCUGCUGUUCUCAAGGGCAUAAACUCAUGCUCCCCUUCCUCCUUCUUUCUUAUUUACUGGGAGACUGUGCCCUCGACAGAUUCUUCUUGUGUCAGAAGUCUAGCCUCAGGUGUCUUCUCUUACUUCACUUUGGCGAAAAAAUGUUUUCCAGGAGCUAAGGGAGGAGCAUUUGGAGUGAUCUUGGAUCUUUUCAAGACCAAAUAAAGCCAGGGCAAAAAAAAAAAAAAAAGUGCAAAAAGAAAACAAACAAAAAACCCAACUUCAAUGACAAAGAGUUUUGAGAAUAUAUUUAUAACAUAUUUAAUUUUUUAAAAUCUUCAGCAUUAGCCUCAUAAGUUAUUGACUAUUUCCUGGGGAGGGGUGGAGUCGUGGGUUGGUCUGUUUGUGUGGUCUCCCUCGAGUGAGACCCAAGUGACCUCUUUGUUUGGUCUUAAAGGCAUCCAUUUUCUGGGAAUUAAGCCACAUUCGCUGCUAACCCUUUUGGGCGUUGUGAGGCCACAGUGAGCGUGUGACUGGGUUUUAUGGGUGGUCUGAUUUGGAUACCGAGGUCUGCUGGAAGGUUCCUGCUCAGAUAAGCUCACAGCUACCCAGGGCUGAGCCCAUCUCCAUGAACACCUAUGUUCGUCUCUUGGUCCGCUGUGUGUACCUCACGUGGUGUUUCCUCUCCUGGGUGUGCACGUCCUACAGUUAUCGUGCAAACGCAAUAGUCAGAUCCCAAAGGGCAAGAACCUGGAUGGACUUUGAGAACACUAAGCAAUAUAAAGAAAGAUGCACCCAGAAUAUCUUUUGGUCCCACCCAUCCUUGGAACAUCUGACAUCCUCAGUACUGAACUCCCAGAAGCUGCUCUGUGCCCAGGGACCUCAGCUGAGCCAGGUGUGGUGCCUGAGCAGAAUUCUCAGGUGCUUACGAUGUUGCGACCCCUAAGAGGGUAGAGUCUGGAGGCGACACUAUUAAAGACCUUCACACCACCGAGAACUUCCGAAUGGGUGUGAAUCCUCGGUUUCUUCUCUUUGCAAAAAGAAUCACAGCUGCUCAAAUAGAGAACACAGUGAACUCAUGACUUUGGUUCAUCAAAAGUCAUCACCCACGGGUUAUCCCUGAGUGCAUUUUCUCACAAGUUUUUGAUUGCUUCCUUCUCUUCUUCUCUUAAGAGUUGUGGGCUUAAGAACGGAAUAGAGACAAAAUGGCAACCUCCAGGCCCUCUCAAUUCUUGAUUCAGAACACAGGUAGACACAAAUCCCAAUUGUUUAUUGCUAUCUUAUUUAUAUGAUUUGAGAGAUGACGGCAUGUAAAAUAUUGCUGGGGAGCCUCGGUGAUCGGGUACAAGAAGCAAGAGUACAGAAAUUAUUUUCGCCAAAUUUAUUUUGUAAAUAUGAGGGUCUGUACGUAAAUUAAAAAACAAACACGUAGAUCUAGGUAUUUUGUUGUUUUUGUAGUACAUCUGUAGUGGUCGUAUACCACACUAGCAGCAAAUUUCACACUUUUCUAAUUCUGAAAGGUUUUCUUAUAUUAGGGGGAAAAGUAUUUAUUUUAAUAUAUAAAAUCACUCUAAAAAUCACUUUCGUAAAACAUGGAGCGCAUGUACAUUUUUAUCAAACAAAAAUAAACAGGUGAAUGUUG